UCUCGGACUGCAGUGGAAACAGACGCAGCUCUGUUCCAAUCAGUGGUAUGCCUAUCCAAAGAAACAUGUCUACAAAUUCAACAAUUGAUCACUGCAGAGUGCCCAAUCAACUCACGUAUGAGACACUCUCCUGGCUGAUGAUGGGAGAGUUCAUGCUGGGUCUGCCUCUUAACCUGUCGGUCCUCUACGUCUUCAUCUUCAGGUAUGAAGAAACUCAUUUUCUCAAGCAUAUCCCUUUACUUGUUUUACUUCAUAGUACAUGUAGAUAAGGGAGGACAGCAAAAAUUCCCAGAAAGCCUUGAAAUAAGGAAUGUAAGAAUUACUUCUAUCUUGGUAACUUGAACUUGGGAACAGGUGUUUACAAGAUGGAAAAUAUUUGAAGCUUUUGGGAGUGAUUCCAAACUCAGUUCUGCAAAAAAAAGUUGGGAUCACACAAGGGUGGUUCAAAAGUCAGGUUGCCUUUCAUCUACUCCUGCUUGAACUUACCUAAACCUUGAAGAUUGACAGCUUUCUGAUAAAGAAGCUGUGGUUAAGCAGACGUAAAAAUGGUCACCGAGUGGAGGUUAGUAUAUCAAUCAAGUCUCGUCUGAAAAAAAUGAGUUAACUGUUUCAGGUAUCAUGACAAAUCCUGUGAUCACCUUUCCCCUGGAUUUUAAACAGUACUCGAAAAUGAAAUGCAGUUUAGGGGAAUUCUGGAUGACUCUUCACUUGAACUCUUCACAGUUACUGUUGAUUUCAAGUGAAGGUAAAUGACAUUGUAUGAAGCAAUAAUAGCUAAAACUGUGCCAGUGUUGAAGUUGUAAAAUCCCUGGUCAUGGAAUAUCUGACCUCCUGUGAUCAAUCCCAGCUGUGUUAUGAGUGAACUAAUAAUUUGUUUUUGCGGUCACUCUUUCUCCUUUCUCAAAGAGUACUCAUGAGUAAAAUCUAAACUCGUAAGCUUGGAAUGAGGUUAGGGAAAGCCUUCAGGGAAGGAAAAACGUUCAACUUGGAGAGCACUAACCUUAGCCUUACACUCGAUGACUGACUUGUGUACAACAUGUUAGUUAGUUGAGGUUUGUGCAUUUCGAAGAAUGGCUCCCAACUGAAUUUUGCAAGAAAAUCAAAUAGAUUACAUCUGGAUCUCAUUGGAGGUCCAGUUGCCCUUUGGCCGGCAGUUACAUCUACUUCCCAAGAAUCCAACUAUUUUCUAACACAAAAGCUUUAUUUUUGGUGAAAUUUCUCAAGAAGUGGUUGUUAAUCUCAAACUGUUACCAUUUCAAGUUGUGUAUUGUGUCUGAAUCAAUUGUGUGUGUGUGUGUGUGUGUGUGUGUGUGGCACUUCUGUAGAGUUGAGCUGUAGAGCCAUCUUGCAUAAAGUUUCAGCUGUAGCUUCACUGAGUUAAAGACAUGUUUUAUGUAUGAAAAAAACAUCAUCCAUUACUACCUUCUCCUUCUUAAACAUCCUCAAAAGUGAAAGGUGGUGUGGUGAGCAAAUUAGCAGAUCCUGUUCAUCUGAAAAUGGUCAAUGACCUCAAGAUGACCCAUCAGCUCAUGAGGAUUAAAGGCCUUCAAAAUGAUUUAACAAUUCAGAUAAUGGUCUGUCUUCUCUGCAAAAAGCUGCAGUAAUGCCAAGUGUUAAAAUAAACACUCUAAAGUUAAAAUACAGCUCCUGCAUAUCAACUUACUGUAACACAGGAGUGCAGAUGCUUCUGACCUACUGUUAGGUGAGCCUUCUGUAGCCUGGACGACUGUUUUCUCUGCCAAAAACUGCAAUUAUUCAAAUGUUCUCAUGCUCGUGGUGUUCAUCCAACUCUCUGACCAAAUCAGGUUUUGUCUGGAAUCAAUAAAAAGAUCUGUUUGGAUAAAUCUUUCCUCACAUCCACUGCAGCUUCAUGACUGUUUAUAGAGAGAAAUCUUUGUAGAUCCCUGCUUAUUCCAGGGAGCCGAGACAAACAGACAGUAUUUACAUCCUGUUUGGAUUCUUACGUGUUGGUGGAGAUGUUGACAAAAACUGUGUAUGAGUGUAGUUAGUGAUGGUCAUGGAUGUGCUCAUACUCUUAUCACUAUAAGUUUGAGCUAUGAAAGUGAUUAUUUUCUUUUCUGUUUUCAUUUCCCAUUUUUUUUGGUUUUGAGGAACCUUUGAAUAACUUGCAACUAUAUAUGAAUUGAAGUUGUCCUUAAAAUGAUUUAGAGGAAGUGUCUUGGGUGCCAAAGGGGGAUCUUUGAUACAGGGAAAAAUUUAGGAUUGAGGAAUUUUUAAUAUAUGGGACAAUAUGCAUUAAUGAACAUUUACAUGUAAAUACAUGAGAUUAUAGCUAAAUGGCUAAUUUCCAUCCCCAGUCACAUUAGCAGGUUGGUGUCAAUACAUAAAACCAAAAAAAACAUCAAUAACAGGAGUGAAACACACAGAGCAUAUCAGCAACAAUAUAGAUGACAUGCAAACCAAACAAUAAUAACAGGCUGAGUGUUGGGGGACCACACACUGAAUCAUAAAGUUCUGGAGUGCUAACUAAAGUGCCAUUGUGCUCAAGUGCUAAAUGCUAAAGUGCACAGUGCUAGCCGCCUGGGAGCUCAGAUCCCCAUCAUAUUGCACAUAGCCCAAUAUUACGCAGAAAAAAGAAAGAAAAAAGUGCCUGUUGUGUGGUACAUUACCCUACUGCCCAAGAUGUAAAGUGCCAGAUUGAAUGAAUAUUGCACAAUACCAAUAGCACACGAUUGUACGUGCAGAUGUGUGAGUAGAUAUUGUAGAAAGCAUACAAAGGCAAUUCCAAGUGCUUUACAGAUGCAAGGAAAUACAUUAAAAAAAAUUAAAAAGGAGAGAUGAAAACAAUUUAAAAAUCCGACAGACAUAGAACGAUUUAAAAUCAAAAAGGAAAAGUGAAGAUGCUAAGCCUCACUGCUUCUUUAAAAAGUGCCACCACUUAAAGCCUUAAAGUGAGGAACUUGUCUCUUUGCAGAUCUUGUCCUGUACAUGUAUAGGAAGUGUGAUAAACAAUCUGCUUCAUCGGCAUGCCAUUACUUGCCUAGUAUGACACCAACCCCCGUGUACUGGGUUUUCAGGCUUAAAGAUUACAGCAAAGAAACUAUCAGACUUGUUGAUGGUCUCAUCAGCCUCUGUAGCUCGUAAAAGACAGUAGAGCAAGUUUUAGUCUGCUUCACAGUUGGCUGAAAACUCCUCACAGGAGCUUUAAUAGCUAUUUCAAUUCAAUUCUUUCCCUGAAGUGCAGAUUGAGCAAGAUUAAGUCAUAAACAUGCUGGAUGUGGAACAUGCCGUGCUGUGGACUAAGAGCCGUGCUGACAGCACUGAGAGGGCUUCCAGCAGGCAAACGCUGACCAGCGUGCAGAGAGCCACUGUUUUCUUUGGCACCAGUGUAUUUUUCCACCAGUGUAAUGUAUGCACUGCAAGUAACAUUAGCAGUUAUGAGAUAGUGAAAAGAUAAAAAAUCAGACUUGCUUACUGCAGGGAAGACUGCAUGAAUUUUUCAUCCGUUUGAUUGAUGAAGCUGUCAAGACUGGAGGCACACAGACAUGUUUGUGGAUUCUGUGUCACUGACUUUACUGCACUUCUGUUUCUUCUUUAUAUUAAAUGACUUUCCUGACAAUGAUGAUAAACUGUCCUGUUGGUUGCUUCCUCUUCAGGUUCAAGUUCUGGAAAAAUAAAAGUAUCUUCCUCUUCAAUAUUGUGGUGGCGGAUUUCUUGCUGGUGGCCUGUCUUCCUGCUAAAGCCUACCAUUACCAUCAUGGUAUGAGACGCAGCAGGGACACUUCAGUGUGCAAGCUGAUGCUCUCCAUGCUGUUUCUUAACCGAGGGGCCAGCAUCGCCUUCCUCAUCACUCUGUCCAUCGAUCGCUACUUUAACGUGGUCCAUCUCGGGCGAAGAAACUUUGUCAAAGUGCUGAAGAAAUCUCCUCAGAUCUCCAUCAUCAUCUGGCUUCUCUUGCUGCCCCUCACCAUCCCUACCAUGGUCCGGACAUUCGAGUGCUGCAACAGCCAUGGGCGGGAAGUGGAGACGCCUUAUCACGAUGUGACAGACACCUUUAGAGAGGUACUGCUGAAGUUAUUUUGAUGCAUUCAUUAAAAUUUCUUCAGGUUUGAAAACACGCUUAAAGGGAUAUUCCGGCACAAAAUUAAUUUAGGGUCAAACACACCACAACACCGAGUUAAACACACCCUCGAGAGAUGAAUGUUGCUGACCACUUGCUUCUCUAGCUAUACCAACUUAAGUCAACCAAAACGCCACUCUAUAGCCACAAAUAAUACUCAGAACAACACCUAACUUCAUCAACCAUAUACACAGAGUCCUAGCCACAGCACUAACCACCAAACAUCUUUUUAACUUUGCCUAAUUUCUUUAGUAAAGAGACUAAACACAACUCACCCACUCUCUUCUAGCAGCUGCUUGUUUGCACAGAGAUCUCAGACGAGUCCAUCACCGACUGCUGUGGGGUGACGCAGCUCAAGGAAGAACAUUUAUGAUCAUUACUUUAUCAUUUCCUUGAAGUAAUAAUCCCAAUAUUAAUCAUUUUGCACUACAGACGCAGUAGUUCUUCUGCCUUAGCGUCUCGGUCUGAUUGCAUUGCCAUGAAGAAAUGAUCAUAAAUGUUCUUCCUUGAGCUGUGUCACCCCGCUGCAGUCGGUGAUAGACUCGUCUAAGGUCUCCGUACAAACAAGCGACUGCUGGAGGAGAGUGGUGAGCUGUAUUUAGUCUCUUUGCUAAAGAAAUCAGGCAAAGCUAAAAAGAUGUUUGCUGGAUGUUUGGUUAGGUGCUGUUCUGAGCAUUAUGUGUGGCAUUUUGGUUGAGGUUUGUGUUUGGCUUCUCAGGCCGCUGUGUAUUGCGAUCCUGCGGUUGAAACUAAAGUUGGUAUAACUCGAAGAGCAAGCGGUCUGCAACAUUCAUCUCUCGAGGGGGUGUCUAAUUCUGUGUUACGGUGUGUUUGACCCUAAAAUAAUUUCACCCCAGAAUAUCCCUUUAAAUUAUACUCAUGGAACCAAUAAUCAAUCUUGUUGCUGAUAACCUUAUUUACUCCUGUGAAAGGAAAUCAGUACAUGAGUGAAACCAUUUCUAUUCCUCACAUUGCCUCUAAAUUUAGGUUCCUUGGUUUAGAUCAAGGUUAGAAAUUACUUUGAGAUUUCACGGAGCAACAACCACCUCUUUAAUGUUCUGCAAAAAUACUGUCCUUGUGUAAAUCAUGAAUGAAGAGGUUAAAGUUUAGUGCCUGUGUCACACGUACAUGUUUCGGCUUAAGGUGACAGCUGAGGAGUUCAGAAAAACAAGAGUUUGAAAACAGAGAUGGCAGCACUUUGUACUUCUAAAUGAGUGCCAUAUUUUGUUGUUAAAUUUUGCUGGUCUGCUCCUAAUCUAAUUCAAAUCAAUUUCCUUCAGGUGGUCUUCUUCACCCAGAUCAUCAUUCCCUUCAUCAUCCUGGUUUACUGCACUGUGCGCAUCGUGAACCGGCUAAGGAAGAAGACGGUGGGGGAAAAGGCCAAACUGCGGAGGGCCGUGUGGGUAGUUAUGUCUGUUGUUGUCGUCUUCUCCAUCUGCUUCCUGCCCUGCACUGUCGCCCGAGCAGUUCUGCUAGGUUUUCGGCUGUGGAAACGGCAAGCGGAGGAGGACAUAGCAGUGCAGGUCUACGAUAGCCUCAUGGUUUUAUCUUACAUCGACUGCCUGCUGGACCCGCUGGUUUACUGCUUCUGUAACUCUGGGUUUAAAGACGCUUAUAUUACCACCUUCUGUCCAAUGAGUAUUCAGAAGAGACUUAUAAAUUCUGACUUUAACUUAGGAACAACAACAACACCUACAGUAUCUGGAACAAGAACCCUUUCUUCACCUAUAAUUGAUAAAUGA